GUACUAGAUUUCUAUUCUCUGAGACCACCUUACAAAAAAUCAACCCCCAAAAAAAUUCCACGUAUUCAUGCCUACCGGGUCCAGUCAAGCCGGUCGAUAUCGCAAGGCCUCCGGUCAAUCUAGCAAGGCCUCCAGUCGGGCUCGCAAGAUUUCCGGUCGAUCUCGCAUCCCCACUGCCAAAAAUUUACGGUCCAAUGAUGGUGAAAGCGAGGAGUUGGAAUGCCCAGUUUGGGAUUAUCAGCCCCACCUCGUUUCACGUGGGAUGGUCAUGAAUCCUCAUAAAAUCAAACCCUUUACCCGCGAGCUCAACGAUUUUAGCUUUUGGGAAGACAAGGGACUCCCUGCUUUGGGUAUUCGUCUCCGAGAAGGGAUUUUGUUUGCUGUUAAUCAUGCCCAACCAGAUGUUUGUGACACAGUUAUUUUUCCUAAUCGUGAUCUUGCUGCCACUAUUUCUGGAGGAAAAGUCGAGGACUGCGCACAGUUGCUGAGAGAUCUGAAAGAACAGUGCGAUGCAGUCAUGCCAGAACACAUGGAUUUCAAAAUGCUGUUACAGUUGAUGACCCAAACACUAUCUUGUCGCCUUGAAGUGGGACUGGUCGCUGGUUGGGACUCUGCAUCGGAUGGUCCUGCCUUGUAUCGUGUGGAUGGCAUGGGCGGUUAUAUUAGAGGUGAAAUAUUGGCCACUGGAUCUGGAUUUAGGUUACUGUACUCUUCUAUGAACAUAGAAUUUCAGAUUAGUUCGAAAAUAUCUUUUCCUGAUAGGAAGUUUGAGCUAGCCGAGGUUCUGGACCGCCCUUCUGAGUAUGAGUAUGUGUUUUGUUAUUCUCUUCCUGAUUCAGGUUCACUAUGUGAUUUUAUUAACUAAUAUGUCUGCCACAUUUAAAUCACCUUGAUUUGUUGUUUUUGUAGAAAAUAUUGGAAUUGGUCUGCUUGGUCUCCUCAUGAAGCUGCAAAAUGGGCCAUAAGAAAUAUAUGCUGGACUGCAGCUAAUGCUGAGCAUGGUUUCGAUUAUGUAACUAGUAUGUUUGCUGUUCUCACCUGUUACUCUCUUCAUGUUACUAUGAUUUGGUCAUUUUCAUUUUCUGAUGGUGUGUUUUGCUCUUUGUUGUUUUCAGUGUACUUUUUAGGACGUGGUACCGUGACAACCCUCUUUCCUGGCAAACCAGUUGAAGAAUUUGUGAAGAACUGCGUGAUGCCUGCUAGGCGUUUCAAGGGUUUGUGGAAUGACCCGCACAGAAAGCGAAAGUAAAGUUAUCUCAUGCCAGUUGUAAUAGGUGGAUUGUUAAGUAGACUUCGGAUUAAAAUUUAUGCUUCUGACGAUGACAAGGUUUUGCAUUUAUGUUGGAUUUGUACUGUCUCCUGAAUUAAAUUCUCGUGGUUUUGGGAGAAAGGUUCUGAAUCGCUCUUAGGAGUUUUUCCUAGUGUUGUUUCUCCACACUGAUAAUUGAACUCUUGUUGUAUGUGUUGUUCCGCAAGAGAGGACUUUUGUUUGGAGUAGGCGUGAAUUUACCCAACAAAAAUAAUUCCAAAAUACUCUCCCCC